UUUUGUCUCAAUUUUUGAGAAUCAUCAACUAGUUGUGUUUCUGGUAGAAAACUUUGUUAAUGAGUUUGCUGCAUGAUUAUGUUUCAAGGUUUUGAAUUAUGGAAUUCUGAUUGCAAACUGUGUUCUAAAACCUUGGUUAUGUUAGAAAGUUCUAAGCAAUCAUAAAACAUGCUUAUGAUGCUAGUGUGAUUUGUGGUUUAAACUUGUUUGAAAUUUGAUUUUUCAGGUAUCUGAACCUGAGGAUGCUUCUCACAAAUAUUCUUCAGAUGUCAUGUACUUCAAACGGUAUAUCUAUCACGAGUACAACUUCACCCUUGGAAAUCUGUGGUCUCCAUAUUUUGUGAGAUCCAGUGAUGCUGACCCAAAAGGGCAUUCCUUCAACAGCAUAAUGAGACUGUAUGUGGAUGAGGCAGACGAAGCAUGGACCAGUGAGGUUGAGAAGUUUGACAUUGUGAUAAUCUCAUCAGGGCAAUGGUUUUUCAGGCCUCUGCUGUUCUAUGAAGAGGGUAAGCUUGUGGGAUGCAACAAGUGUGGGAUGGAGAAUGUGACAGACCUGACACACCUCUUUGGAUACAGGAAGGCAUUCAGGACAGCAUUUAGGGCACUGAAUGAUCUAGAAGGGUACAAGGGGGUGACAUUUUUUAGGACAUUCUCCCCAGCACACUUUGAGAAUGGGGAUUGGAACAAGGGAGGGAAGUGUGUGAGGACUAGGCCAUUCAGCAAACAAGAAAUGAAGCUUGAUGGAUACAUUCUAGACAUGUAUAUGACACAAGUGGAGGAGUUUGUAGAAGCACAAAGGGUAGCAAAAGAGAGGGGGUUGAAUUUUGUGAUGAUGAACACAACUGAGAUUAUGCUUCUUAGGCCUGAUGGACAUCCCAACAACUAUGGACAUUCUCAGGACAAAAAUGUGACACUGAAUGACUGUGUUCACUGGUGUUUGCCAGGGCCAGUUGAUACUUGGAAUGAGUUUUUGCUGCAUAUGUUGGAUGUAGAAAGUAAGGGAUAUUAUAGUUCAAAGCUGGAGAGAGUUUUUUAAGAGCUUUGGAUUUAGCAUGUGGAAGAUAUUGUUAACCAUGUGGAGAUACUUUUUUUUGUUUUGUUUUUGGGUUCAGAGAAGUAUAUUGUAUUUAUGUUUUGUAGAUGAUAUAGAAUGUAUAUCCAAAAGGUAUUUGUGGA